AUGGGUACUAUGCUCAGACCUUGCCACUUCACAUGGGGGUGUAAGCGUGACACAUUAGAGUCGGGAGAGACAGAGAAUGGCAGCAGCUCCUGGAAAAUGCUUCCUGGUCACUGGCCCUCCUGGGAGAUUAGAGAAGGAAGUGAAAGGGCUGGCUUUGAAGUUGUCACUUUAGAUGGACGCGAAGCCCUGCUAUCGUCCACCACCAUUUCUACACUUGCUGUCUCCAUAUUGGUAUUUGCGGCAACAUUCUGUAUUGUUCGACUAGGAAGCCCGGAGUCUAUCAGAUGGCCCACUGUUGGGAAGUAUAAAGUAGACAUUGCAUCGUUUGAGGCGCUGGCAUUGCCCGAGUUGCAGGUUAGAGAAGAUACUGAUCUAUUCAUCAUUGAUGAAGUUGGCAAAAUGGAGUUGUUUAGUUCAUCAUUCUUCCCUGCUGUUCUAAAUGUUCUGGAAUCAAAUAUCCCACUUUUAGCCUCUAUCCCUAUUCCUAAAUUUGGCCGUGAUAUACCUGCAGUUGCAAGGUUGAGGAAUCAUCCAGGGGCUAAAAUAUUCACUUUAAGCCCGAGUAACAGGGAUGCUGUCAAAGAACAGGUUUACACCCAACUGGUAGGUAGUUUUGCUAAGUAA